GCAUUAUAUACCUGUAAUGUUUUGUAUAGGAUUAGGAUAAGUUCCUUUAUUGAGAUAGGAUAAGUUCCUUUAUUGUACCAAAUGGACGAUUGAUACAAAAACAUACAUCUUUUCAUCAAAAGUGAACAUGAAGGACCAGCACAGAAGAGUUACCUAUCGCCAUAAACCGGGAUUUUUGGAAAGAGUUGGUAACAGCUGUAUGGGUGUUUUAGUUGGAAUCUGUGUGUUUCUCAUUUCAAUCAUCUUACUUUACUAUAACGAGGGACGAUCAGUUGCUGUGGCAAUAAUGCUGGAGGAAGGUUUAAACAACGUUGCUUCCCUGGAAAUGUCAUCUAAAUGGCAAUUCAAUGGAAAACUUGUUCAUCACAUCGGCUUACUUGAAGCAGAAAAUGAUAUUCAAGAUGAUUACUACAAGAUAAAACUGCCCUGCGUCAAAUUGAAACGGACUGUUGAAAUGUAUCAGUGGAUUGAGCAUUCACAAAGCAAGGAAACCAAUGUUGGUGACAAGAUUGAGACAGAGACAACAUACACAUAUGAUUUGGAAUGGUCAUCUACUUUAUCACAAAGUCGGAAUUUUGCUGAAGAAAUAGGUCAUACUAAUCCAAGAGAUUUUUUUUUAGAUUCUACAACUCAUUCACUUGAAUAUGUGACCUCGCAAGGAAUAAAGCUAUCCGGCACGUUAAUAGAUAAGAUAAAUUGGUUUAAAACAAUCCAUAAUCUACCGGUGCCUGAACAUUCUAGUAAAGCAACCAUACAUAAGCACUAUUUCUAUCAUGGUGGUGACCCAUUGUAUCCAGAAGUAGGUGACACAAGGACCUCAUUCCAAUGUGCCGGUGUUACAAGAGAAACAAACCAUGUUGGUAAACGUGACGUGGUGAGCAUAGUAGCAAUGUUAAAGGACGACAAGUUCACGACAUACUCCUCAAACAACGGCCAUUCCAUUGCUUUUCUAUAUCGUGGUUCAGUAUCUGCUGAACAAAUAUUUAGGUCAGAGGAAUCAUCAAAUAGCACAUUAACAUGGGCUCUAAGAUUCAUUGGAAUGAUUCUAAUGUACGUUGGUCUUUCUAUAAUGACGAAUAUUAUUACCACACUCGUGGAUUGGAUACCAGUGGUGCGGCAAAUCGUGGCGUUUAGCGUCGCCAGUUUCAAUAUGACUCUCACCCUCUUUCUGUCAUUGCUUGUCAUCGCAUUUGGAUGGUUGCGGUUUCGUCCACUCUUUGCAACAACUUUAGCAGCCGCGUCAUUACUGCCUUGGUUAAUAUCAAGCAAACGGGCGAGGGCUGCCUUCGAUCGGUUCAGCCGAUGACGCAAUUCUCUAUAAUGCAACGUAGUCAUAUUGCCCGGAUAUCGAUCGAUCGUUUUCUUGCUCCUAAUAAUAAAAUCUAUGCACGAAAUCCAACGUUUUUUUAAACCUGUAUCUUAUUUAUGAAGCCUAGAUAACUUAAUGUACCGUAAUUGGUUACGUAAUUUGAUUGUAAAAAUACACCGAAACUAUAUGAGUGUAA